AUGUUGAAAAUAUGGUCUAUGAAAAAAGAGCAGCAAAAGGCUGAGACAGCCGAGGGAGCCUCGGGGGGCAAGAAAAAGAAGGUCACAGCUGCACAACUCCGUGUGCAAAAAGAUCUAUCAGAGCUUUACCUUGGAACCACGAUGAAGACCGAGUUUCCAGACCCCGACGACAUCCUUAACUUUAGACUUAUCAUCGAGCCUGACGAAGGCAUGUAUCGCGGCGGACGUUUCACUUUCGACUUCAAGAUCAACCAAAACUUCCCACACGAGCCGCCAAAGGUCUUAUGUGAACAGAAGAUCUACCACCCCAACAUCGAUCUCGAGGGCAAGGUCUGCCUGAACAUUCUGCGUGAGGAUUGGAAGCCGGUCCUGAAUCUCAACGCCGUUAUUGUCGGUCUCCAGUUUCUAUUCCUUGAGCCCAACGCCUCGGACCCGCUGAACAAGGAUGCGGCUGAAGACCUCAGAAGCAAUCGGGAGGGCUUCAAACGGAACGUUCGGACCUCGAUGGGCGGAGGGGCAGUCAAGGGGAUUUCUUUCGAUCGCGUUCUGAAAUAG